AAACCCAGAAGUUCUGUGUUCCAGCUCAGCCCCAGAGAUCAUGGUCCAGGGAUGUGAACCAAAAAAGAAUAGGCUCGCAGAAACUAGGACCACAAGCAGGUAAAAAGCCAAGGAGUCAAGGAAAGCCAAUAUUGGAGGGUCAGAAAGCCGGCUGAAGCCCAAGGCAGGAUAAACAGUAGCAGGUGCAGCAAAGAAGCGGGACCGAAGGUCUGUGUCACCAGAACUCAGAAGAAACGGCGCAGGGAGGAAAAUGAGGGCCUCAGAGCAAAGGAGCCCGGGCAAGAGCCAAGGAUCCCUCCUGGUGUUCUGACUCCUCAGCUGUGCCUCAGAAUGCCAGAUGUGCAGCCCAGCUGGGCAGCCACUCUAGCUAGAGCUCCGAGAUUUUUAGCCCCAGAGACCAGCGGGCUGAGGGGCUCGGUGUGACAGGACACCUCCUCCCUGGCCCAGCCCUGGAGGUGCGGGCGCUCAGGGAGGGUUCUGCGCUGCUGGAGGCUCUGACAUUCCCGUCAGCACCCUCAACACACACAUCGCAGCGAGUCUCUGUCUCUUUGUUCUCGCCAUGUCUCUGACACUUUAUCUCAUUAUCCGCCGGAGGGAGGCGGAGAGCCCCGGACCCCGCAGCCUAAUUACAGCUGCGCUUGUCAGCCCAGGGCGGGGGAGGUAUCAGUGUGAGAUAAAGGGAGGGGGUCUUCAGGAACAGCCUUCUCCUUUUCAGUACCCCUGAGGGGCCCAGCGACGGGUACACAGCUCGCCCCUGCCCGUGCAGCCAUAGGGCGGGUACCAGAGAAUAGAAGUGGGAGACCUCGGCAAGAUCCCAGCCGCAGAGGCGGGAGCUGAUGGUUGAGGUUAGCGUGGGAGUGGGAAAAAGCGGAUGAAGCGGACUCCUGCUUCCCCAACACUUCCAAAUCCCCAAAAAACGGGGGUUGGAGCCUUUCCAUCCUGGCAGCAUAGCAUACACCUGAAUUGGCUGAAUAAGAGGCAAUCUCUGCAGUUCUGUCUCUGUGCCUUUUUCUUUUUCCUACUUCAUCUUUUCUAUCUUUGCUGGCUUCCUCACUCCAUUCUCUUCUUGUCCUACAGCCAGAGACAGAGGUGGAGGAUAGCCUCUUUGGUGGUGGUAGUGGGGCUCCACCUUCACUUCUACCCCAGGUUGCCAAGGCAGUCAAGUCUCUCAGACUCCCAAACUGCCACAACUGACCUUCUAUCCUGACUCAGAUACACCUGACUUAUCCAGCCUCCAAGUAUUAUUCCAGGGCAACCACAACCUGGAGAAACUGCUCACAAGAGGGGCUGGGCAACUCUAGUGAGGCCAUCCAUCCCCCUCCUUCUCCCACUACUCUGAUAUAGGGCAGAACCAGGAUCAUCAGUAACUGGUAGCUCCUGGGUGGCUCUAGGGGUGAGGGGUGUCAGGAAAGCUCUGCAGAUGCCCUCACUGGUCCCUUGUCCCUCUGGUCCCACCUGUGAAUACUUCACACGUGCUUGUUGCAGGUCUGUCAGUUUGUCCCACUUUUGUAUCACCCUUCAGUCAGUCUCUUGGUGCCUGUGGGGCCCCUCUCUGAGAGACCUAAAGCCCCAAGUAUGAUAGUGUCCCAUGGGCCAGGGUGCAGGCACAUAGAGGAGAGAGUUGGGGAGCAGAUACUUUCUGACUUCCCAACAAUUCCCAUGUCUGCUUUGGGAUUGCCGGGCUUAAGCGAGCUGGGUGGGGUUUGGUGUCGGAAAACGCCAGCGGGCUGGGCUAGGCUGACCCCUCCCUGGUGGGGGGCGGACCCCAGGAGAAGAAAUAAAGAGCCACAGAAGAGCACCAGGCACUGGAAAGGCGCUAUGGCAGGAACCAGUCUAGGGGCCCGCUUCUACCGGCAGAUCAAAAGACAUCCGGGGCUCAUCCCAAUGAUCGGUUUCAUUGGCCUGGGCAUGGGCAGCGCUGCACUCUACUUACUGAGACUGGCCCUACGCAGCCCGGACGUAUGCUGGGACCGGAAGAACAACCCAGAACCCUGGAACCGUUUGAGCCCCAAUGACCAAUACAAGGUACUUCCAGUUCCUUGCGGUUUCCACUGACUAUAAGAAGCUGAAGAAGGACCGGCCAGACUUCUAAACAGACUGGGCUCAUGAGUUCGAUGUAAACCACACACUCAUUUCUUCCAUUCCCUGGGGCAUCAGUCUGGCCAUUCUGUCAAGUUCCUGCUUAUACAGGCUGGGUUCCCACGCAGAGAACAACUCCAACCCCCACCAUCCUCCCUCACUCCCAUCAGCGGAAGUGCCUCUGACCCUUGGAUUGAGUCCCACAUGGGGGAGGGGAGUCAGGGCGGCAAGCAGCAGCUGGGUCCAACCCAAAGGACCCAAGCCAGCCCCUCUGCUCUCCUACCCUGUACUUGCAGGGUGUGGUGCAAGCUACGUGUUAAGCGUGGCCUACGUGAGCCAACAGCAAGCAGGGACCUGAGUGCCAAGAGACGUGGCAGGCCCCAUGUUAACCAGGCUCUGAGUGCCUGCCUAGGGGCGGUGCUGCUCAGGCUCGACUGGGCUCGUCGCCUAUGCCCAGCCUACUUAGGCUGGGGCACCCAUGCCAUGUUACAUGCUCCUCCCUUGCCCAAGCCUGCUGCCUCCCACACCAAUAGCACCCCCUCCCUGUACGCACCUGGCCUUCCCCCAGCAGCUUCCCACUGCUCCUCUCCCCUCCCUUCCCUUGCUCCCUUCUGUCCCAGGGGAUCAAACAGAAGCAGCCGUGGGCAAAAUACAAUUUCAUUUAACAAAUUGAA